AUCCAUGGAGAGUGGACGUAUGUCACUUUUAUCGCGGAACCAUUCGAAAAUCAAACCGUAAAAAUACGUCUUUUGAAAUGGCCGUUAUUCCCACAGUGCAGUGUUGUGGUGUAAAAGAAAAUUGUUUUGUGACUUAGUUACGUUAAUUAUGUUGGAAAAUGUUUUAAUUUGUUGCAUUAAAACUGAAAAACAGUGAAAUAGAUGCCGGUGUUGUUUUAGUUUGUCAAGUAAGUGAGAAUUGAUAAAACAAUUGGUUUGAAAAUGGAAGUUGGACGUACUGUUUUGUUUUUGGAACUGUUAUUUUAAAGAGCUGCUGGACUGAUUUUCAGAAUCGAACCUGCUAUUCACUUCGCCACUCUCCGAACCACGACCACCACCACUUGUCACCACCCCUAAAUGACGAGCACGACCACUUUGUCACGUAGGUGAACCAACAUACAUCAUUAUCAAAGGAAAGAACUGUUGAUCGGAAAUUUUCUUCACCGGCCGCCGACAGUAAUGAAGCAAUCCACUGGCGGGAUAUUGAACUAGGAGCCACUCCAAACGGUUUUCCACUGCAAUAAAACAACACGCGCCGACCGAAGACAGCAACGAAAGAAAUCAAACUCUAUUAACAUAAACAAAAAGGACGUUUUCCCCCAACAAAUACAAACAAUCCAAUGGCUCUGUUCGGAAUUGGAAGGACAAUCCAGACGAUAUGUCAAUUAAAGCCCAUUCUCGAUCGUAAUCAAUUACGCCAUUCGAAAAGGAAACAACUUCAUGACGAAGUCGUUUUCCAAACUUGACUUACUCGAUCGAUACUCGAUUUGUGUGAAAGAGAUACAAUAAUCGAAACAAUUAACCCGAUGAAUGGUAACGAAAAGAGAGCGAGAGUAAUCUUCCCAGAGAGCUCAUUAAUCGUAUGGCGACUCACAAUCAUCACUUCCACUGUUCAAGACCUAGCUUCGUUACUUUACCUUCGUGUCUUCUGAUAUUCGUCUCUUUGUUAUUACUUGCGGUCCCGACGACUUCAAUAGAAUUCAAUGAUACAGAUUUAAACGCUACAGACCUCAAUACGACGUUGUACGACACGAAUACGACGUUACUAAAACAUUUGCACAUAAAACAUACUAAAUUUUCUACGCUUAAGACUGUAGUUUUGGCGAUAAUCUUCUUAAUUGUCAUAUUCGGGACGAUAGUCGGGAAUAUAUUGGUCUGCGUUGCCGUUUGCUUAGUUAGGAAGCUUAGGAGGCCGAGCAAUUAUCUGAUAGUGUCACUGGCCGUGAGUGAUCUCUGCGUUGCUGUCAUGGUGAUGCCAGUAGCAAUGGUUUAUGACCUAAUGGGCAGCUGGCCAUUCGGACCUGUGAUUUGUGACUUCUGGGUGUCAAGCGACGUAUUAUCCUGUACCGCGAGCAUCCUAAACUUAUGCAUGAUAUCAGUAGACAGAUACUACGCGAUAACGAAGCCUUUGGAAUACGGAGUCAAGAGAACGCCGAAGCGAAUGAUAUUUUGCGUCUUCAUCGUAUGGAUGAGUGCGGCGUUAAUAUCACUACCGCCUUUAUUGUUGUUGGGCAAUGAAAAGACAGAGACGUCGUGUUCGGUGUCUCAAAACCAGGGGUACCAAAUCUAUGCGACGUUCGGCUCGUUUUAUCUACCCCUAGCGGUGAUGGUGGUGGUGUAUUAUAAGAUUUUUAGCGCUGCGAGGAAGAUAGUCAAGGAUGAGAGACGUGCUCAGUCGCAUUUAGAAACGCAUUGCUACUUGGAGAUCAAUGUCAAAAAUGGCGGCGCAGCUGAAGCUAAGCUCCUGGGCACUCAGCCAGCGCAACCGGCUGUUCCCACACGAGGGUCUACUGGUAGUACAAACACAACGUGUAGUAUAGAGAAAACAGAGAGUUCAAUUGGGAGAUGUUUCAAGGGACAAAGAAAGUCCAACGAGUCGCAAUGUCCCAUGCUGCAACAAGCACCGAAAACACCGACAAAACCAAUUCACACAAUCAACAAACCAAACUCACAACUAACGCCUAUGCCAGAAAUCAGGCAACCGCCAAAAGAACGGAGAAGGCUGUCUUCAGAGAGUAGCAACAAAUUGACUACAAGUAGAAUCAGAUCGUCAUUGUCAAAUUUCGCUCAGAAGAGUCACUUUGCCAAAGAUUUACUACAACCGACGCAUUCUCCGCAUCAGAAGAAAUUACGCUUCCAAUUGGCCAAGGAGCGGAAAGCCUCAACGACUCUUGGCAUUAUAAUGUCGGCAUUCAUAAUUUGUUGGCUGCCAUUUUUCGUGCUCGCCCUAAUAAGGCCCUUCGUGAAAGAGGACACUAUUCCAGACGUCGUGAGUGCGCUUUUCCUCUGGCUAGGCUACCUGAAUAGCCUCCUCAACCCAAUAAUUUACGCCACGUUAAACAGGGACUUCAGAAAGCCAUUCCAAGAGAUACUGUUCUUCCGGUGUUCGAAUUUGAACCACAUGAUGCGUGAGGAGUUCUAUCACAGCCAAUACGGAGGACCUGAUCAGCAUUACUGUGUAAACAAUUCUAAAGCACCGAAUUAUGAGGAAGGUGUUGAGAUAGUUUCGGCAGUGGAUAGGGAAGAGACGAGAGCUUCGGAAAGUUUUCUAUGAUUGUCAAUACCCGAGGUCGUUUGUCAUGACCUGGAUACUGUGAUCUAAUUUAGACCGAACUAAAACUUAUAAGUGAUGUAAGUGCUAUAACUAAUACAAAUAAAUACAGAACUUAUACAAAUAAAUAGUGAAAAAUAUGUUUUACCGAUCAAACUAGUCGUCAACUUUGUGUAACUUCUAUAUUUAGAUAAUCUAAUAGUAAUAUUCUGUCCGGGAAGAUAUUGUCUUUGUAUAUAUUACAGUGAUAGUUUUCAAAUAAUUAUGCUAUAAGAAAAAUAAGUAUAUAAGUGGUUAAAUAUAGACAAUUAUGUAGUAUCAGUUAGUGUUAGUCCAGUUAGCAAUGAAUUUUGUUUAGCAAAUGUUGAUAUAAAACAGGUGUUAAAUGAAGUGUUUUUAGAAGACGAAGUAUAUUGAAUUGAAGUAUAAGAAUUGUAUUCAGAGUUGAAUGAGUCAAAGGACAUUGUUGUAUUUUACUGCAUGUAUAAAGUAUAUACGAAAACAAAACUAAUAAAGGUGGAUAUAUGAAGACAUAUUUCGUAUUGCCUACAAUUUAAUCCUAACUGGGCUACUAACGGAUUAAUGAUAUUUUUAAAUAUAAUUAAGGUAAAUGUAUAUUUCAGAAUGACCAAAGAGUCCUGUGUAAAGAAGAAUUUAUGACGUUAAAUUAAAAAUCAUGUUGUGAAUUUAUUAAAACUUGGUAUUAAUUUGUAUUAAUAUUGUUAUGAUACUAAUGACUGCUCGGUUGUACACACAUUCUUGAAACAAAGUGACAAACACAGUAUAUAGUACGGUAUGUCCAUUUCCUUAAAUAUCUUUGGACAAUACACAUAUUACUAAAAGUAGAGCAACAAAAAAUUUCAUUAUUUUUAUUUUCAAUUUUUUUUUCUAUUGUGAAUAUUUUUUUUAACCGACUUCAAAAAAAAACAGAAGGUUCUCAAUUCGACGCGUAUGUUUUUUUUAAUGUUUGUUACUUCAUAACUUCGUAAUUUUUUGACCAAUUCUGAAAAUUCUUUGUUUGGUCGAAAGAGAUUCAGAUUGAUCCCAUUUAGUUUUCACGAAAAUCGGCACAGUAAUUUUGUAUUAAAUUCAAAACAAUUGAAAUUAGUGAACAGAAUCGCUUAUAGAGUGCCGUUUAAGAUCUCUUUGCUAGAACACUCUAAAAACAGAAAAAUUAAAUUUUAAAAAGGCGGUGCCAAUAAACAAAACAAAUAAUAAGAGCCUAUUUGUCAUAGUACAGCCUUCUAACCGAUCAAUAGAAAGGACAUAGGUACGAUGUUAUUUUUCGCUUUUCAGAGUGCAUCGUUGAAGUCGGUUAAAUCUUUUGUUAAAAAGAUUUUAUUAUUAGUUAACUUACUUUGUAAUAGUUAAGUCAAAAAUUUGUGUACAACGAUGUUUGCGCCACUGUACUGACAAGCAAGGAGCCAGUAUUUUAAUGAAUGUGAUAGUAGAUAUAGUGACGUUUGAUUGUUUAACAUUAUUUGUAGGGCUUUUAUUGUUUGCAUAAUGUUAUGUCACCCAGGGACCCAAGGAUUUCAAUCGUAGAUAUGCCCUGACGCUACCUGACACACCCUGACACAUGGCACUCACUUUUACAUGACUAGCGGACCCGGUCAAGCUUCGCUUUGACUUAUGUACACUUCUUCUACCCUACCCUACCCCUACCCUAUAUAAAGAACAUUACUCGAUGGACUAUAUUUGGCAACCCCACAGUAGCAGUGUGAAAGCAGACAACCUUAAGCCCUGAUUCGCACGAGAGGUUUUUUAACGGACGUUAAAAAAACGUUCAAAUUACUAAAGUGUGACGUUAAAUGAAGAUCUAUUUCCAACGUCCAAAAUUGAAAAUGUAACAUUGCUCGAAAAAAGCGUUUUAAAAACGUUGUCGUGUGAACAUAUUAUUUUUAGAAAAAUACGUAUUGGCAACACUGAUUUGUUUACCAUUUCAAAUUGACAAUUAAUUGUCAUUUUGUUCUACUUUUUAACCGACUUCCAAAAAGGAGGAGGUUCUACGUUCGGCUGUAUGUAUGUUUUUUUUUUUUUUUUUUUUUUUUUAUGUAUGUCCAGCGAUAAUUCCGUCAUUUGUGGACCGAUUUUCAAAAUUCUUUUUUUGUUUUGAAGGGUUUGAUUCCAGGGUGGUCCCAUUUUUUUCAUGUCAGGAUCUGAUGAUGGCAUCCUGGAGAAAUCGAGGGGAACUUUCGAAAAUCGUAGGGACGGCUAGUGCGUUUGUUAAUGUUUCCAUAAGGUAUCUUAAACCACUACAAUUUUAUGAAGGUCUGGAGAUGGUCUGAUGAUGAAGCCGAAAAACAGACGAUGGAACUCGUCAACGAUUUACAGCAGGUACCUUUUGUUUGGGCUAGAUUUAUUUGUAUUGAUGAGAACUUUCCACCUAGAUGGGUUGUGACCGUAUUGAGGGUCUGAUGAUGAAGACGAAGGACAGUUAAGAGAACUCAACGGUUCCCAGUAGCUACCUUGUGUUUGAACUUGAUAAAUUUGUAUUGAUGAGAACUUUCCACCUACAUGGGUUGUGACUGUAUUAGGGGUCUGGUGACGAAGAUGAAGGGAACUCCUCGACGGUUCACAGUAGCUACCUUUGUUGGGACUUUAUGAAUUUGUAUUGCUGAGAACUUUCCACCUAGAUGGGUUGUGACUGAAUUAAGAGUCUGGUAUUGAAGACGAAGGACAAUGAAGAGAACUUCUCGAAGGUUAUUAGUAUCAGUUUUGGUUACACUCAGUAGGUGUGCUAACACUAAAAAUUAAAAAAUUAAAAUUUUAAUAAAAAAAUUCAACCGACUUCCAACUCAAAAAUUAGCCUAAACUAAAAAGCAAAAAAUAACAUCUUACCUAUGUGCUACCUUCUGAUCAGUUUGAAGGCGGUGCCAAUCCAGUGUCAUGUUUUAAUUAAAGCCAUUUCUGAAAGAACCACAGAAAUUUUGUAAUUUAAACGGCUUAAAUUAAAACAUCACUGGCUUGCCACCGCCUUCAAACUGAUCAGAAGGUAGCACAUAGGUAAGAUGUUAUUUUUUGCUUUUUAGUUUAGGCUAAUUUUUGAGUUGGAAGUCGGUUGAAUUUUUUUAUUAAAAUUUUAAUUUGUUUUUUACUCUUUCUUGACCUUCCAUUUUAAUUCCGUAGUAUUAUUUUUUAUUCUUUACAAGUUAGCUCUUGAGUAAAACCUCACCUGAUGGUAAGUGAUGCAAUCUAAGAUGGAAGCGGGCUAACUUGUUAGAAGGAGGAUGAAAAUCCACACCCCUUUCGGUUUCUACACGGCAUCGUACCGGAAGGCUAAAUCGCUUAGCGGUACGUCUUUGCCGGUACAGUGGUAACUAGCCACGGUCGAAGUUGUCCACCAUCCAAUUAUACUCCUAAUGUACUUGGGAAUACAUUUGUUGUCUUUGAUCGCUUUUUUAACGUCUGUUAGAAACUUUCGUGCGAAUGAGGGCAUACGAGGUCAGCGCACUCCAUAAAUUGUUUAAAAUUUUAAUGUUGUAAAUAAAUCGUAAGAUUAAAUAAAUGAAACUUAACUUAAUUUAAAUAAAGUAUGAUGAAAAUGAACCUAAAUUAAUAACCACGGGACAAAAAAAAUAUAUAAGAAUUCUAUAUAUAAUUUUAUUUACUAUUCAAACGAUUCUUUUGUUUGGUACCUUAAAUGUCACAAACAGAUAAACAAAUAUAUUUAUUUGUCAAACAUCCACAUUUUCUAUCUGUGUAUAAAAAAGCUUUUAAGUGUCUAUCAUGGAAUUAAAUUCCCUUGUUGCAAUACAAUGAAUGGCCCGACAGGCGUCGUGCAUUCAUUCAUUGUAUUGCAAUUUCCAAUAUACAUUAAAGCAAUUUAAUAAAUGGAUACUAAAAAGUCAACAAUAUAAGAUAUUCCAUUGUAAAACAUACUUUGUGUUAAUUAUUUUUUUUUAGAAAUGAGAGAAAAUACGAAAAAAGUGCAUCUCCUAUUAUAUUUAAUGCAAGCUUUAUUUUAUGUUUUUUCUUUCAACCUCUAAUUUAUUCAAUGGAAGCUUUAUUUUAUGUCUUUUUUUUUCAAGAUAUGUAUUAUCUGUAUCAAAACUAAUUACAAACAGUUAAUUAUAAGGUUGGAUCUAACAAACAAGCACAACUUUCCUCUUUAUUACAAGUCUAUUAAGUUUUUACACACACACACACACACACAUACACAUAACAACAAAAUUGACUGACAAAAGCGACUGACGCAUCCUCCCACACAUACUUAUGGUCAAAGAGCCGGCAUAAAAAAUAUAUGCCCUCAUCUGUUACUUUUUAAUGAUAUAUUAAAUUAAUGAUAAAUUAAAGAUGCAAUGGGAUACUGAAUAUUUCACAGUGUCCCAUUACAAAUAAGUUGCCUAGUUAAAUAGCGGCCAGACACAUUUUUCAUACAACAUCCAUGAACUAGAUCAAAAUCAACCUAACACAGUUAAAUUAAGCUUUAAAUAAGCUUUCAUUUCACAUUUUAGACGACUACUAGUAGAAAGUAAUUGAAACGGGCAUAUAACCAACAUGACUCAACCGUUACAUCUAGCAACCAGUGCAGUGUGAAAUCGGGCAACCUUUACGUUUUCUAUUCUUUUGGGUAUAUUAUUUUAACUAGUGUUUUUUUUUUAAUUUACUAAUGAUGGAAGAAGAUUAAAUCAAUUUACUCAUUUAUUACAUUCCGGUCGCAAUAUAUUUUUUUACAUAAUAAAUAACAGAUAGAAGAGCAGUGAUAGCCCAGUGGAUAUGACCUCUGCCUCCGAUUCCGGAGGGUGUGGGUUCGAAUCCGGUCCGGGGCAUGCACCUCCAACUUUUCAGUUGUGUGCAUUUUAAGAAAUUAAAUAUCACGUGUCUCAAUCGGUGAAGGAAAACAUCGUGAGGAAACCUGCAUAACAGAGAAUUAUCUUCAUUCUCUGCGUGUGUGAAGUCUGCCAAUCCGCACUGGGCCAGCGUGGUGGACCAUUGGCCUAAUCCCUCUCAUUCUGAGAGGAGACUCGAGCUCAGCAGUGAGCCGAAUAUGGGUUGAUGACGACGAAAUAACAGAUGAGGGUUUAUAUUUGUUAUGCCGGAUCUUGUACUACAGAUCCAAUGUAGAAUGAAGGACAUUAAUCUGCGAUUGUCAUCUUUGAUGUUAUUAUUGCCGAGGUAGUAUACGAUUAUUUUAAUGUUAAUUGUGAAUGUAACUGUAUUUAAAAUACUACUAAAUUAGGCCACUAUUACACAAUAGACUGACAGCCUGCGAUAGUCAGAUGUUCCUCAUUUUGGGUAGGCUGAAAAUUGUUAGCCCUUGGGCUAGUUUGCACCAGCCAUAAUAUGGUAGUUGACUCAUAUCAAAAAUAUAAACAUUAUUAAUUUCGUACAUAGAAUAAGGGUCCGAAAUAUAUCGAUGUUACUUAAUAUAAGGGACUUCUAUUUUAAAAUUAUUAUUUUUUUUAAUUUUUUUAACCAAACGUCAAAAACGCUGUCGUCCAUUUUGUGACGUCACAGUUUCACUGAAAGAACAAACGUCAAACUAAUCCAUGACCAAUUUUUUGUUGUUGUUAAUAUACAAUUUGGUGUUUAAGGGUUUAAGACGUGACAUGGUCGAUAACGUUUUGGCUCGUAUUGUCAAAAAAUGUUUAAAAAUUAAAAUUUUUUCAUUACCGUUCUACUAGUGAGAAAAAAAAUACCUAUUUUUUUUGAGACGUAAUAGGUACAUGAAAAAAUUUAAUUUUUAAAUAUUUAUUUGACAAUACUAGUCAAAACGCCUGAUGGUCUUUAUUUCAAUUGUUUCAUGACGUCACGUUAACAAAUUACUUACAAACGGAGCGUUUGACAAAAAUAUUAAUUAACAAUUAGUUUGACGUAAGUAUAGAACAUCAAGUAACAUUGUGACGUCACAAAAUGGAUGACGGCGUUUUUGACGUUUGGGAAAUUUGAAAAAUACACGUUUUUAAAUUAAGUUUUAUAAAAAAUCCUUAACCUUUAUUAAUUACUUAAUAUCGAUAUUAAAUUUGAUAUGAGUUAAGUACCCUAUUUUAGAUGUCAUCGGUAACGUAGGGGGCGGCUUUAGGGCUUCACCCCGGCCGUCGCCUGUCGCGUUUUGAUUUUACCAUAUUUUAUGCAACCUGCAGUGCACGUAUCGAAAACCGCAGCUUAUAUCUAAAUUGCAUCCGUUUUUAGUAGGAUUGAAGCAGAUAUGGCUAUCGCAGGUCCUCGGUCCAGAAUAGUAUAAACUAAUUGGCACUGCCAGGUGAACAUUUUUUAAGAGACGUAAUUUUAAGUGAAUUCGUAUUUUACACUGCUAAACUAUACUUAUAAAUAAGUGUACUCGUAUUUCUGCAGCAUACUAAAGCCAAGCUCGCUGUGCAUUGUUUAUAAACAAACAAAUAAAAGAAAUCCUCAAUAACUCAGUGGUAAAGGGUUUGAACUCAUUACCGAGAGGUGGUGGUUCCAACCCGCUGGACUAAUGUCGUACUUACACGUACGUACACUCCUAAAACAGUAUUUUCCGACUACUUGGAGGUGAACAGCAAUAUUGGUCAUAUUAAAAAAAAGAUGACUAAUAUUCUUGAAAAAAAAAAUAGGUAGAAGAAGUUUGUCAUUUCUUACAUAGGUAGAACAAGUUAAUUACUUACCAUUAAUAUUAGGUGUAAAAUUACUAGCGAUUUAUACCCUCAUUUUUAAUUUGUUUGUUGAUAAACAUUGCACAGCAAGUUUGGCUUUAGUAUAGAAUUAUUGGUUUGUUACUUGUAUUCACCAUUUUGUACAUUGUCAUUUGUAAUUAUUAUAACCAUCAAUGUAAGAAUAGGAACGCUGAACGGCUUUUGUACAUUUAAAAGUAUGCUAUAUUAUUAAUAUUAGUUAGUAAAUUAAUCUACAAUUUGGUUUAAUAAAAUUAAGUCUAAGAAAAUAAGUCAUAGACUGCGAAACAGCACUCCUAUUCUUACUUUGAUUACAUAAUACUUCUAGUUUUAUGGAUUCCAAGACAAAUAUGGCCUUAUUUAUAAACAUGGAUUAAGAUUGAAACUUCAAAAUUCUUCAAAGUAACGUGAACUUAGAAAAGUGAAAAGUAGUGAUUAGGUCCACUUCACUUUGAAGAAAGUUAAGGUUUAAAUCUCAAGCCAUGUUUAUGAAUUUGGUUGUGGAGGUUAGAGUUUUUCUUUAUUUCUUAUCUUAUUGUAUUUUUAUGAUAUUUUAUUGUUGUUCGCAAUAUGCAUUUUUAUAUUAUUGCUGUCUUUUUAAAUAUUUAAUUUAUUUCUUAUUUAUUCAAAGCAGUAUUGUAAAUAAUAUUAAUAUUAAAACAAAAAUUAUCAUUAAAAAUGUAAAUAAUCGAAGUCAUUUAAUUAAGGAGGUAUACUAAGUAUAUAGAUGAACAUAAAGCAGAUACCGUGUGGGGAAACUACGCUUGGAAAAUAUUUAAAAAAAAAUAAUUUGACAGUUGAAUUCGAUGUUGUAUUUUUAAUGAAAUAAAUGUUCUUUGGUGUAGUUUCUUUCCAUUGAGAAUAUGUGACCUUGUGUGAAUUAUCAUAGAUAACUUCAUAGUUUUUUUAUUUCAACCAAAAUAUAAUAAUGUCCAAAGAUUAACAUUCUUUUAAUAUUGUAAAAUAUUCGUAUUUAUUUAUUAUUAACUUAUUUUAAUGAAAAAAUAUCGUUUGAUCUAUGGUUCUUGCUUACAAAAGUCAAGUCAGGUCAAUUCUAAAUUCAUUUAUUUAAUUUAAGCUUAGUUUACAAGCACUUUUGGAAACGUCAGGUACCUAAUAACAUUAUUACAUAAUGGAGAUUAUAAUAAUUAUUAGUCGAAAACCUAAAAUUAAAGUUACGAGGGUUCCAAACGCGCCUUGGUACGAGAAGAGCCCACAACAAACUCAACUAUGCUGAGACUAAUAACCUAUAGACCCGCGACACCUAACAAAUUUUUAAUCCAAACGUAAGCUACUUCUGUGACUAUGUACGUGUCGCUCGAUUCGUAAGCCGUUUUAUGUGUCCCGAAAUGGGAGCCCUUGACGCAUCGCUACGCUAUGAUAAGUACGCUUGUGAGCGUGUCGGCGAGUGAGUGUAGUUUAGCUCUUAGGCCUGGUUCGGACUACUUUAAUAUUUUAGUCCAGUACGAACAAUUUUUGGAUUUACCGCCCAAAAUCGUUCGUAGUUGACUAAUAUACUAAAGUAGUCCGAACUAGGCCUAAGAGCUAAGCUACACUCACGCACACAAGCGUAUCGUAUUGUAGCGAUGCGUCAAGGGCUCCCAUUUCGGGGCACAUAAAACGACUAUGCAACUAAAGUCUUUUUCUGGUUUAUCAGAACAAUAUACUAGUACAUAAUAUUAAUUGAUUAUGAAACACGGCUAAAACUCACGUGAUAUUAGGUCAGAGUAUGCCGGACUAGUUUCGAAUCCAUACGGGGCCCUUAGUCAUGAGCUGGUUCUUGUCACACUUAUUAUUAUUAAAUAGAUUGAAUAGACACUUUCAUCUUACAAACACUUGCCAUCAUGUGUGAUCGAUGUCAAUCAUAAAAAAAUGAAUAAGCUUGCUCGUCGUAAAUCGUGUAAAAUUAUCAUUAUCGCUACAUUAUCACUACGAUAUUGUUUUAAUAUUCAGUACAAGUAAUAAAAAUAAAUAUCUUUGCCGUGACAAAAACGCCCAAAUUAUUUGGAUACGCUCCAAAAUCAUUUUGGACUAAGUUUGUGCGAUUGCCAGACAUGCUACAUUUUAUGAAGACUAACUGUGGAUUUCAUUAACUUUGUAGGGGCAUCCCCAGGGGAUCAAUCACCCGCUGAGUCUCAAAUUUUCAAACAAAUAGAGGUUAAGUUCGACACUCACCGGCUGAAUGAUUCCCUGGGGGUGCCCCUACAACAUCUAUGAAUUCCACUGUAAGAUUUUGUCAGCUUAAGCUCCUCCUAUAGGGAAUCGUAAGUACGGUAGCCAACUAUAAAAAUUGGACUGUGGUGGCUUUGGACGUCUGUGGCAGACAUUCUAUAACAAAAAUAUAAAAAGAAAUUUUAUUCUUAGUCUAGCGGACGCCCGCGACUUAGUCCGCCCUUAGACCUCUUUAAUCCAACCCUUACAGUAUCGCUGUAAAAAUGGAGUAACUUCUCCCGUUUUCCAACAUUAGCCAGUACAAAAAAAAUUUCGAGACAGUACAAAAAAAAUUUCUACGCAGGAUGCACUAUAAAUGUACUCGGAGUUACCUUUCUUAUAACCAACUUCUUGAAAAAUAUGAUAUACUAGGCUUAAAGUGUAGACGAAAGCAACUCGAAGUCAUGCUCUUGUAUGAUUUAUGUAAUAACAAGUACGAUUGUGUAGCCCUAACGCGCAAAAUUUGUUACAAAGUACCACUCAGGGCUCGAAUGCGAAGUGUUCGAACGCAUCAGCUCUUUGCUACCACCAACUGCCGUACAAAUGCGGGCAAACGUUCUCCAUUAUAUAGAAUGACGCAAUCUUACAAUGAGUGUUUCAAUAAUAUUGAUAUUUUUUCUACACGUGUAGGUACCUUCAAGAGGUUGGUUAUAAAACGCUUGCAGAGUUUAUAGCUAUUAGUUAAUUAAUAAUUUAGUUUUAGUCUUUUCUUUCAUCCAUUUUUUUUUAUUCACUUUUCAAUUUAAUUUUUUUAAAAUUUGUUUGUAAUAAUUUUAUAUAAAGUAUUUAGGUACGUAGUAGUCUACUUUAUAGUAUUGUAAUCUGUGGUUUCCGAAGCUGGUGUCAUAGUUAUAAUUUUUAUUUAUAUUACUAAUAUGAUAAUAUGAUUGUGUACUAUGAUGUUGUUUGUAAGCCCUCAAUAAAAUAAAAUAAAAUAAAAAUAGCCGUUUGGUAACGGCUUAUUAACGGCCAUAAAAGGAUUGGGUCGCAAUUUUUAAAUCCAUGAAUAGUGAAUAGGUACGCGAACAAAGGAAGCGCGAAUAAGGAGCUUUUACUGUACUGACUAAGAGCAUAGGCUGACUAAGUUUCAGCCUUCACAAAAUGAGGCAAGUCUGGCUAUUGCGGGGUUUAAUUAUAUUUGAUGUCCCAAAACAGAAACGACCUAGGUGUAUUUUAAAUGAAUUCUCGUAAAUUUAAAUUUACACUCCAUUAUUCUUGCUACUAUUUUAAAUUUUGCAAAUUGCUGCUAUUUUAUUUCUGUAAAAACUAUUUGUUUAAAAAGUCAUGAAAACUAUUUCAAUUGUUGUUCAUCGCACUAAAACCAAAAAACGGCUUAAUAUCCUACUUCCUACUUUUUACUAUCCUACUAAUAUUAUAAACGCGAAAGUAUGUAUGGAUGUGUGGAUGUAUGUUUAUAUGUUUGGAUGUUUGUUACUCUAACGCCGCUACUACUGAAGCGAUUUGGCUGAAAUUUGGAAUGGAAAUAGAUUUUACUCUGGAUUAACACAUAGGCUACUUUAAUUACGAAAAAAAUCCAUGGUUUCCCGAGAUUUGUGAAAAUUGAUGAUUUUGAUGAUAGGAAUGUUUGUUACUCUUUCACGUCUCGACUACUGAACUGAAAUAACUGAAGAUAUAUUAUAGCCUGGAUUAACACAUAGGCUACUUUAUAUCCCGGUCCCAUUUUAUCAAUGGUUCUCGAGGGAUUUGUGUAAAACAAAAUUCUUCGCGGGCGUCCGCUAGUUUAUGAAUAUUUCCUAUUAUGUAUCGUUUUAUAGGUCGAUUAUGAAAUUAAAAAGGAACCGAAAGAACCAUAGCCAGAAAAAUCGAUUAAAUCUAAGUAUAUAGGUAGGUUUUGCAUGGGAAUUCCUAAAAUAUGCCAAAGCAAAAUUCCCUAACAGAUUUAGCGAUUUGUUGGAUUACCUACAUUAACGACACAUAAAUGAAAUUACAUAUAAAUGAAAUAGAAGUGUCUGUCUGUGAUUUAAAUAUACUUGUGUUGUCUCAAGUGUUAAUUAGGUAUUUCCUACACGAAACCAAAACACAAACAAGCUUUAUUAAAAUUUUAGUCUGUCUGUCUGUCAUUCAGUUUGUCCGGGCUAAUCUUUAGAACGGCUGAACCGAUUUUAAUGACAGUUUCACUGGACGAUACAGGAGGUUAUUGAACAACAUAUAGCAACAUACUUUGUGUUCUGGCAAAAUACAUGGUUUCCGCGAAAUUUGUGUAAAACUGAAUUUUACGUGGACGAUAAAAGAAAUUAUGAAGCCAAUCCGUAAGAAAAUAUUUCCUAUUUUUUGUCAUUUUUCUAGUAUUUGUUGUAUAUAUUCUACGAGGUUGGUCCUCGUUCAUGGGGUAGUCCUCAUAUUACAAGGGGAACCACCAUUUAUUUAAAUUGGAGUAAUUUGAACCUUGUUUUCGUUUACAAAAAAAAAAUAACGAUGCGAGCAACAGUACUCGCGUAGAAGUUAUAAAAUGUUUUGUACAAUUUGUUGGCAACAUUUCACAAUGAAUUGUUACGAGGUUUUCAAUUAUUUCCAUGUUUUUGUUACCUUGUAUUAUAUUGCGAUAAUAAGCUUUGUGGCAUAUGAGAGACAUUACUAAUCAUAGUAUUUCGAUAGUCAUCCAAAGGUAUUUUAUUUAGAACCAGCAGGCUUAUUUACUAUCUUUGAAUUCUCAGAAUACAGAAAACCACCAGAAGCCACGUUUAGAUGUCAUUCUAUAGUGCGCAGUGUGUCCAAAAAUUGUACACAACAGCCUGCACUCGUCGCAAUUCUCACCCGCGUAAUGUUGCUAGUACAUGAGGCUGUUAAAUUUUUCCCUAUUUUGUGGUAAAAAUUUAUAAUGUUAAAAGGAAAACAAUAAGUGUACAGUUCAUCACAUUAAAUGUUAACUUGUAUGGUAAAUAAUAAAAACAGUGGGACCGGUUUUCUAGUGAUUGUUAAGAGUCAGCAAGAAAAUGAACUCUAAAAAAUUUAAGACAAGGACAAAUAAAUAAUAGAUAUAAUAAGACGGUUAUUAUAAAACUUAUCAACUAACAAACUAAAGAAAUACAUAUUUACAAUAAUAAUUUUAUAUAUUCCAUAUAAUUAUAUUAUAUUAUUAUUAUAAAUAUGUAUUUCAAUCGUGUGCACAGUUAUUAUUAUCUCGUCUUAUUUCUCUAAUUUUUAUGUCUCUUAAAAUACAAGUAUAAAUAAGGCCAUUGAAUUGGUUUAAUAUCUUUUAAGAAUGUGUUUUGAAGAUAAAAAUAUUUUAUUUAAUCCUCUUGCUCAAACAAACAAGCAAACAAGUAGGUACACAAACAAACAAAAGACCAAACAAGCACACGAAAACAAACAAAUGUGCAAACAAACACACAAACAGACAAGAACUAACGAACUUAUUAUAAUAUAGCACGCCAUUGUUAUUUGUAAAAUUUUAAAGCUUUAAGAUUAUUUUACACUUUCUUUAUCUGCGCUGAUUACCACAAUUUUAUUUCAACUUAAUUGCCUUAGUUGAUUAAUAUUUUACAUAAAUAAUAAAUCCUUGAAUUGAAAUUAAAAGUAGGGAAAAUCAAAACAAUUACAUUGGCAACACUUACAAAAUGAAGUCAUCGGUUUCUAUGACAACUAAAUUCACGUAAAAAUUAUUCAUUAUUUUAACAUAAGAAUAUUUAUUUGUGCUACUUACACGUGAAAUGUGAUCCUAUUCAGUUUCUUUUUUCUACCAACGGCAUUUUUACACGAAGGAAUAGCACAAGACGGCUUAAUUUAAUUAAAUUUGUCACCUGUAUAGCACGUCAAACAACACGACAAACACAGAGUGAGUAAUCGUAAAAUGUGUAGUUUAAAUGGCUUCACUUCUUUGCGCUAUCACUCCUUCUGGUGGUUUUCUGUAUUCUGAGUUUGAAUUAUGCUAGUUGACGUAUAUGAAACUAGCUGACGCUGCGCAGUUUCACCCGCGUUGUUCCCGUUCCCGUAGAAAUACGGGGAUAAUAUAUAUUAGGCCUAUAGCCUUCCUCGAUAAAUGGGCUGUCUAACACUGAAAGAAUUUUUCAAAUCUGACCAGUAGUUCCUGAGAUUAGCGCGUUCAAUCAAACAAACUCUUCAGCUUUAUAAUAUUAGUAUAGAAUUGCGAUUUUACAAAAUAAAAAUAAAUAGUCAGAUAUCCUUCAAAACACUUUUGGUUUGAAGUCUAAAAAACGGGUCAAAAAAAGUUUAUAUCUAUAAGUUUUUGUAUAAUCCUAAAUAUAUUUUAUAAUGGAAACAACGUGCAAUAUAACUGUGUUAAUAAUGUAUAAAUGGCCUACCUAGGUGUUUGUUAAUUAAUUAAUAAUUUAGUGACAUAUAUUGUUAAUCCUAAUAUUUAUAAGCGCGCACGUUAAAAGCUUGCGAUGGGAAACCACGUACUUUAAAAUGCAUGUAUAGUGCAACUUAUGUCUAUAUCAAUCUUGUAAUGGUUCCUUUACACUUUCAGAUAUAAUGGACGAUCAAUUCUGGGAAUAUUUUUUUGACGGCCUUCGUGGCGCAGUGGUAUUCUACACGACAUCGUACCGGAACGCUAAAUCGUUUGGCGGUACGUUUUUGUCGGUAGGGUAACUAACCACGGCCGAAGCCUCCCACCAGCCAGACUUGGACCAAUUAAAAAAAAACUCAAUAGGCCCAGCCGGGGAUCGAACCCAGUACCUCUGUCUUGUAAAUCCACCGCGCAUACCACUGCGCCACGGAGGCCGUCAUUAGGCUCUUUGACCAUUAUAGACGACUAGCAGGCGCCCCGUAUUUACCCGCGUAGGUCCCAUAAGAAUAUGGAGAUAAUACUCACAAAUAACGUGACUUUACGUACGUAAAAGAUUUUUCAUAAUCGUUUUAUACAUACAGAGAUUAUCCCCUACAACCUCGCACACUCACAUUUUCCUCUUUAUAAUAAAUUGAUCGAUUUGUUCAUGAUACCCGAUGGUGUAGAGGAGUCAUAACAUUUCAAGAUGCCAUAAAAAUCUUUUGUCUGCAAAGUCGGUUUACUGACGAUAGUUGAACAUGACAACGUCGUACGAAAAUACUGAUGGAAUGGUUGCAUUUUUCAAAAGAAAAUGUUCGUUUUACUAAAAUACUGUUUAAUUAUCUUCAUAGAUCAGAAUAUACUUUAUUUCUUGUAAAAAAAUUUUGGCAAUUUUUUUCGAGUGUGCAGCCGGCUCCAUCGAAUUAUAAGACGUUGUCACGUCAAAAACUAUUUUGGCCGAUAUGAUUUAGUACAUUAAUUUUUGAUUUUAGUUCACGGAUUUCCUCAUUAUUAGUGGACCGAAUUACGUUUGUUUUAUUGUAUAAAGAAUGGUCGCAUAGGUCUCAUAUUUUUUUUGAUAAAUAGUAUUUAUAUAGGUAUAUAUUAAAAUUGUCUUGUAAAAUAUUUGUAAAAUACUAAAUUAUGAUGUGACUCCGUAGUGAUAAAGUGGAAUCCUUUUAUUGGUAUUAUUGUAUUUUAUUUCUUAUGUAGAUACCUAAAGUGAUGAAAUAAAACUAGAUUUGGGAU